UUACAUGUUCCUCUUCCGGUCCAGCCAUAUUGAAUUCGUGGAACCGGCAUCUCUCUAGGUGCUUAAUCCGCCGACAUCGCUAAAAGUGCGCCAUGGAAAAAUUUAGCAUCGAACUGAUCGUAGUGUCCACUCUUUUGGCUACAUGUUGCACUGCAAACCAAGACACUGUCAACACUGCCAUAGUCAACAGCAACGUUGAGAGGAAGAUAGAUAUCAGUACUCAUCUCGCCAAAGUUACCAACGUCAUCACUUUGGAAAAUACAGGAAAGGGUGCUGUGAGAUCUUUUCUGUUUGCACUCGAAGAUGCAGAUGCUAAGGAUCGCUUAUCCUUCAUUGGAGCACAGACAAAGGUAGAAGACGGAGAGGACUCUAACUUACCCGUAUCUGAAACCACUGUCACAACUGAUGCCAAGGGUGCAAAGUUUUGGCGCAUUGACAUCCCAGCCCUCGGUGAAGGCAGCACAACAACGGUCACCGUGGAGACCGUGUUCACCCACAUCCUCCGCCCCUACCCUGCCCAGAUUACACAGGGGGAGAAACAGCUGAUGCAGUACCACGGCAACCUAUAUUACUACUCCCCAUACUCCACCAAGACCCAAACCACCUCUGUGCAGCUGUCCUCCAGCACUAUUGAGAGUUACACCAAGACCAAACCAGUGUCUGUCAAUGACAAGACCAUUACCUAUGGGCCUUAUGAAUCUAGGCCAGCUUUUACUAAAGGAGAGGUUGUGAUCCACUACGAGAACAACACGCCAUUCCUGACAGUGACCCACCUGACGCGGACCAUAGAGGUGUCCCACUGGGGGAACAUUGCAGUGGAGGAGACAUUUGAUAUGUACCACACUGGAGCCAAGCUGAAAGGUCCCUUCUCCAGAUAUGACUACCAAAGACAUCAGGAUGGAGCUUCUUCCAUUAAAUCAUUCAAGACUGUAUUACCUGCCAACGCCAAAGACAUAUACUACCGUGACGAGAUUGGUAACAUUUCCACCAGCAACCUGCGAGAACAGGACGAAGGCAUGGAGCUGGAACUCCGCCCACGUUUUCCUCUGUUUGGAGGCUGGAAAACCCACUACACAAUCGGCUAUAACAUUCCAGCUUAUCAGUAUUUGUACAACUCAGGUAGCAACUAUGCACUGAAGAUGCCUUUUGUAGACCAUGUGUAUGAUGAUCAGGUCAUAGACUAUAUCACAGUCAAGAUUAUCCUGCCUGAGGGAUCCAAGAACAUCCAGUUUAACCCUCCCUACGAUGUGAAGCGUGAUGCAGACAGUCUCCACUUUACAUAUCUGGACACGGUGGGCAGGCCAGUGGUCACCCUCCAUAAGACCAACCUGGUGGAGAACCACAUUCAGGACUUCCAGCUGGACUACACAUUUGGCAAGGUUUUAUUGCUGCAGGAGCCACUGCUGGUAGUGCUGGCAUUCUGGUUGUUGUUCACAGUUGUCAUCAUAUAUGUGCGCCUGGACUUCUCCAUUACCAAGGAUGAGGCCAGUGAAAGCCGUAUGCGCGUGGCCGGGCUCGUUGAAGAAGUUCAGAACGUGCAUGACAAGCGUAGUGCCUUAUACCAGAGCUAUGAUGAUGCUGUCGACAAGUACAAAGCCAACAAAGACACUGCUGCUUUCACCGCACAGCGCAAAAAGAUAGACGCUGACUACAAGGCAUUGACUGAACAGUUUAAGGCUCUGCAGGCCAAGCUUAAACAAGAGGGCACAGAUGUUGCAGAGAAGGUUGCGGAGCUUCAGCGUUUGGACACCCAGUUCCGUGAACAGGUCAACAUUGCAAUCUCCUACGCUGAGAAGUUAAUUGCUGGCAAGAUCCCCAAGGCUCAGUACUUGGAAGCGGAAACCAGCACCAAAUCCAAGAAAGAAGACAUUUUAGGAAAGAUGGAAAACAUCGUCACCAGUCUGUAGCUUGCUUAGGCCGUCCUUAAAAGAUGUGGAUUUAUAUUGGAAAUUGUAUGACAGUACUUUUUAAAGUCACUCAGUAAAGCUUUGUUAGUUGUUGGUCAGCACUCCAUACCAAAUGGUCAGGCCGUAGUCUUGACACAGGACAGUAAAUGACCAGGAUCCAGAUUUUAUUGACCACUCCCACCAUCCCUUCAUUGAAAGGAAGAUGGGGGUGGAGAAUAAACGGAUCCAAGUUUUGUCUCCAAGAUUGCUAAGCAGGAUGGAUUGAAAAAGAAGCGUCGUAUGGCAGCAUUCCAUCGUCAAAGACUUAUUUUAAAAAUGAAUCAUGAAUUAAGAUUGAUUCUGGACAUUCCUUGUUGGAGGAUAAUCUUUUGAAAGUUAGAAGUGCAAAUUAUUUGCCACAUAUGCAGUGCAUGCCAAUGGAAAGAUAAGGAUUUUCAAUAAAAAUAUUUAAUUAAAAA